AUGGGCCUCUUUGACAAGAAACCCAAAAUCUUCAAAGGGGUCCAACCCACCAAGAUCCGCAUCGAGAAAGUCCCAAUACCGCCGAAGCCGAAACCCAAGCCAGCCCCACAACACUCCUCCAACUCCCUCAAACCCUCCUCCCGAGGCGUCUCGCGAUCCUCCUCCUCCAGCCAUCCUUCCCCCCGCCCCUCUCCGCAACCGAGCGCGUCCUCCUCCUCCGAAGCGAAACUCGAUCGCAAGCGCAAAUCCAGCGCGCCGCAUAAAUCAAGAGCAUCACCCGCCGUCGCGAUCCCGCGCGUCGAGUUCGAUACGGACUCGGGGUCGGAAGAUGAUGACGAUUGGAUCGGCGCGCUGAAUUCGCGCAAGAGGCAGAAGAGGGGUAGGCUGGAUGACGGGCGAUAUGUCGAUCCCAACCGGAACCUCCGCCACAAGAAGGCUUUUGAGGGUCGCGUCGAGGGCUUGAAGUUUAUACAUGCUGCUCACGUCGCGUCGCUCGACCUGAAGUGCGUCCCCGUUCUCGGUGCAAAGAACAAUGAAGUCGCGGUACGGCUACAAUAUCCUAGUCUUCAAAGACCGGAGAGAUACGAACUAGUCUGGGGCAAGGACAAAAUCGACGCUGUUAAUAGCAUCAUCGCUGUUGUCCAACACGUCGCCGACACGUACCUCACCGAGGAGCAAGCGAAGCCGUUCACCGACCACACGACGGGCAUCGUGCGCAGACUGGAAAAAGCCUCAAACCACAAAGUCCAGGACCUCGCCGCAUUUAAAGAAGCGCUCAUCGAAUACAACGACAGAAUCCUCCGCCUCGUCAGGGACGGAACGGUCGCCAGGAACCUCGACAACAGAAAGGAGCUACCGAGAAACUUCGUUUCGUUUAUUCUGGAACAGGUGUACGACCGGACCGUUGCGCCCAAGGUCGAACUCCUUGCCAAAUAUGAGAACGGGACAGACAACGUCUAUGGCGAGCUCCUCCACCCCUUCAUAUCAUCCAUCCUGGUUGAGAGACUCCAAAUGACCUCUGACCAGGUCUUCGUUGAUCUCGGCUCCGGCGUCGGAAACGUGGUCCUCCAAGCAGCCCUAGAGAUCGGAUGCGAGAGCUGGGGGUGUGAAAUGAUGGAGAACGCUUGCAACCUGGCCGAGGCGCAGCAGAAGGAGUUCUCCGCGCGUUGCCUGCUUUGGGGCGUAGCCCCCGGUAAAGUGCGGCUGGAAAGGGGGGAUUUCCGAAAGAAUACGAGGAUUCACGAGGCGCUGAAGCGGGCUGAUGUGAUCUUGGUCAACAACCAGGCGUUCACGUCCCAGCUAAAUGAUGAUCUCGUCCGCAUGUUCCUUGACCUCAAGUCGGGAUGCAAAAUCAUCUCCCUCAAGAGCUUUGUCCACGACCACAAGAGCGCCUCGCACAAUAUCAAUGACGUGGGCAGUACCAUCCUAGAGGUAGAAGAUUGGACCUAUCCAGAGGAUUAUGUGAGUUGGACGAGCGCGGGCGGAACGUAUUGUAUUUCGACCAGGAAAUAA